UCAUUUUUUCUCCAAAUGGACACUGAUUUUGUUGAGCUACAAGUCUACAUCAUUUAGGACGUUUUCUUGUCCAUUUUUUGUCUUAGAAUGUUUAGGCGCAGGGCUAUUGCUUUGCUUCUCUGUAGUUGACAUGGUGAAAAGUUCAACUCGGUUGAAUUGUAGUGCACUUAACGUCACGUGAAUUUGGGUAGGCUUCUGUGCUGUUUGGCAAUCGGCAUUCCUCCUCCUCUCUAUUAGUCUCCUGCUAAACACACAACACUCCCGGAGAGAACACAAUGACAUAUCGGAGUUCGAGACACGGUGAAGACAGCCGAUGGUCACCGGACUACUGAUGGGGCAACGAUUUUUUGCACAAAAUUAACCGUUUACCUCAAGCAUAAACUUUCAAACAACAGGAAAACGUUGCCUUAUUAUUUUGAGAACUCCAGGACACAGGCACCAUGGCGAGGUUUUACAGGGAACCCACGAAUCAAUAGAAAGGGUUAUUGCAGUUCUCUUCUGGGUUGGACCAGUUGGGUCAGACGAGAGACUCCUCAGUGACAAAUAAAAGACGAGUGAUUGACGCACCAUGGAGGGCGGGAACGAUGUGGAUCUGUCCAACAGUAACAUCACCCCGCUGUGGAAGCGGCGCUCAGCCAAUCACACUGGCCCCAGCAAGCUAAAGGCCCGGCCCCUCAGCUACCAGAUAGACGGAGUCCACAUGACUGACUUCCCCGUAGAGGACAACAAGUGCAGCUUUACCCUGAGCCAGCCUGCAGAGAGACUGGUGGCCACGCCGGGAGGAGGGACGGUCAUUCUGAAGCACGUUCUCAACCAACCCACCAGGAAAACACGGGUAGUCAGGAGUAUAAGUAUUGGACAUCUGUCCAAAGGACGUUUCUCUCUGUCCAAGUUCAAGUCGGAGGAUGAUAAGUCGCUGUCGUUGAACAGUAAGGCAUGCCACGGUGGGAGUGUUGAUAAUGUGUGGUCAGACAAGCCUCUACUGGACACCCAGAAUCGACUAUCCAGCCCGUUCACCCUCACCGCUCACAGGGACCAGAUAGUGUUUGGGACGAGCCCUUCACCGCCAGACUCUGCCUCCUCCAAACACCCCUCUCCCCCUGCCUCCCCCAAUAACCACCACCAACAUGACCUGACCUCCCCUUCUUCCUACCACCCCUUAACUCCUGUCCCCUCUCCCCGUAACCCCAGCCCCUCUCCCCCUAACCCCAGCCCCUCCACCCCUAGUCUCCACACCCCUACCCCAUCCAACAGCUCCACCUCCAGUAUCAACUCCCUCUCUUCCCUCAUCUCCACCCCUUCUGACCUCCCCACACCCCACACCCCCUCCUCUGCUGACAUGUCUGCCCCCUCUCCUUCCCCCUCUCAUUCCCCCACUCCCACCCUCUCUCCCUACAUCUCCCUAUCUCCUCCUCCCUCCAUUGUCCUCAGCACCCACAGUGCAGCUGCCCUGAAGAAGGGCACACAGCAGCUGAUCCCCAAAGGGCUGGCGUCCCUGAGCAAGGCCUCUCCUGCUGGGGUACAGAGCCACGGCAUGGGGGGUCUGCUGGGCCUGGAUCCUACCAAGCGGGCCCUGCGAGCCCUCAGCAUGGUGGAGACUGGAUCCUUCUUCUCCACUGGCGUAGGGUCCGGGGGAGGGGGGACAGACCAGGAUGAGAGCACUGAGACUCUGAAGAGAGGGUUGAGGUCUACCUCGUACAGGAGAGCAGUGGUAAGUGGAGUGGAAAUGGAAAUACCAUCUGAUGACCUCAAGACCCAUCGUCUGUCCCAACCUGUAGACCCAAAGACCCAUCGUCUGUCCCAACCUGUAGACCCAAAGAGCCAUCGUCUGUCCCAACCUGUACUCAAAGGACUACAGGAGGUCAAGGAGAGACCGACCAGCCCUGGGAAGAAGAACAAGAGUCCUGAUAAGAAGCCAGGACUGAUCACACAGAGGACAUUUGACAGUGAAGAGGAGGAACUGUAUCAGAACUACCAGGAGAAAGCUCUUCACAAUGACUCUGAUGAGGACCAGUCCAGAGAGGCCAAACCUGAUGACCGCAUCGUGAUGCAGUACAGACCCAUACGCACCUCCUGGAGCCAACUCAGUGUGGUAAAGAAGAGUGGUGUUUCUGAUAAACUCAGCCAGGAGGAGCGGAAGAGACAAGAGGCCAUAUUUGAGUUGAUAUCGUCAGAACACUCCUACCUCCACAGUCUGGAGGUUCUGAUCCGGAUGUUUCAGAACUCAGCAGAGCUCAGUGACACCAUGACCAAGACCGAGCACCACCACCUCUUCUCCAACAUCACAGACGUGUGUGAGGCCAGCAAGAAGUUCUUUAAAGAGUUAGAGGAUAUACACCAGCAGAACAUUGUUAUAGAUGACAUCAGUGACGUCGUGUUCAGACACGCCCAGUCCAACUUUGACCCCUACAUCACCUACUGCUCCAAUGAGGUUUAUCAGCAGAGGACCCUACAGAGGCUAGUAAGUAGUAAGAGUCCAGUGUUUAAGGAGGUGUUGACUCGUAUUGAGGGCCACCCAGACUGCAGGAACCUCCCAAUGAUUUCCUUCCUGAUCCUGCCGAUGCAGAGAGUCACACGCCUGCCUCUGCUGAUGGACGUCAUUUGUCAGAAGGCUCCUAAGGACUCUGCCCAGUAUGAGACCUGUAAGAAAGCCCUCCAAUCAGUCAGCAAGGUGGUGCGUCAGUGUAACGAAGGGGCCCGUACGAUGGAGAGAACAGAGAUGAUGUAUACCAUCAACUCCCAACUGGAGUUUAAAAUCAAGCCCUUCCCACUGGUGUCGUCCUCUAGGUGGAUGGUGAAGAGAGGGGAGCUCACAGCCUUCGUGGAGGAGAACGGCAUCUUCUCCAAGAGGAUGUCACGGCAGCAGGUCUACUUCUUCCUCUUCAACGACGUUCUCAUCCUCACCAGGAAGAAGAGUGAGGACAGCUACACAGUGAUAGACUAUGCUCUGAGGGGCCAAAUUUGGGUGGGACCCUGCCAGGCCGAGGAUGUCAACCUAUCACCCGUCAGAAGCACCGCUGGAAUGCUGACAUCACGUCAGCCUGGGGCCAGCCACCUCUUCCGCCUGCGUUUCCGUAGCAACCACUCCGGAGACAAGGUGCCCAUGGUCCUGGGGGUGGAGCGAAUGAAUGAGCGUGCUCGCUGGAUCAGUGCUCUGGGCCAGAGCAGCAAUGACGAGAAGAACCAAGACCGAACCAAUGCCAUGCAGGUGGAGGUGACGAGGACGUACACAGCCAAGCAGCCUGAUGAGCUGUCACUGCAGGUGGCUGACGUGGUCCUGGUGUCACAGACUGUGGAGGAUGGCUGGUAUGAGGGCGAGCGACUCCGUGAUGGCGAGAGGGGUUGGUUCCUGUCAGAAUGUGCUGAACCAAUCAUGUGCCAGGCCACUAUUGAGCGCAACGUGCAGAGGAUGGACCGCCUCCAGGGGCUGGAAACCAAUGUGUGAGCUGGAACUGCAGGCUCCACCCACUAAAUACACCAGUGACCUGCCUUCAAUCAGACACACCAAUGAGUGAGCUGGAACUGCAGGCUCCACCCAUUAAAUACACCAGUAACCUGCCUUCAAUCAGACACACCAAUGAGUGAGCUUUAUGCCAGCAACAGCCCUCCACUGAACACACCAAGUCUCCUUGGUCAACAGAGCAAUGUGUGAGAUCUUUCUGCCAGCGACUGAAUACACCAAUGAGCCACCUUCAAGCACUAUCAACCAAUGAGAGUGCUGACUGCCACUAAAUGCACCAAUAUAAUCUCUCUGUGGUCAACAGACACAGGUAUGCCAGCUGACUGCAUCUAUUAGAAUGGGUUUGGGGUCCAGUGAUUGUUACCCAUGCAGUCUAACAUUCUCCAUAUUCUACCAAUCUCUAUGGUAAGGAAGUUUGACCCUAUGACCUGUCAACAACACUUUGACUCCUCCCACUGAUGGAAGACUGUCCAACCACUGCCCGUGUGACUGCUUUUUGGCCCCGAAGGACAUCCCACUUGGACACACGUGCACACAGAACGUGCUGGGGUCAAAGUUUAAAACUGCCACGUAGAUUACAACUAGUAUAACAUGUAUUCAUUUAAUUUCCUUCUGAAAGACUCCCCAGGAAUGAAGCUUAACUUCUGUACUACAUAACCAAGAUUUAUAUUAGUAUAUUUUCUGUCAUGCUUUUUAAAGUGCCAGGUUGUUGUGAUGGGACAGGUCAGUUUCACUUCUGCUCUGUGGUCAGGUUAUAGUGUGUGAUGAGACUGUUGGGGAAGAGGCUCAUUGUAGACACACAAAUGACACUUUAGACUUGUCUGUGUGUGGCUAGGAGGCCUUUUGUAAUGUAACUGAAUGUGACGACGGUCCAAAAUGGCCAAAUAAACGGAUCAUUUCUAGACUUCCCUGUGUGGCCAGUAGGAGCCAAAAUGACCGGUCCAGUUUCCUGACUUCCCUCUGGUUAGAAGGUUACAGUAGAGUGAGGCUGAAUGUAAGGAGCCAAAAUGGCAGAAUGACCGGUCCAGUUUCCUGACUUCCCUCUGGUUAGAAGGUUACAGUAGAGUGAGGCUGAAUGUAAAGGAGCCAAAAUGGCAGAAUGACCGGUCCAGUUUCCUGACUUCCCUCUGGUUAGAAGGUUACAGUAGAGUGAGGCUGAAUGUAAGGAGCCAAAAUGGCAGAAUGACCGGUCCAGUUUCCUGACUUCCCUCUGGUUAGGUUACAGUAGAGUGAGGCUGAAUGUAAAGGAGCCAAAAUGGCAGAAUGACCGGUCCAGUUUCCUGACUUCCCUCUGGUUAGAAGGUUACAGUAGAGCGAGGCUGAAUGUAAGGAGCCAAAAUGGCAGAAUGACCGGUCCAGUUUCCUGACUUCCCUCUGGUUAGAAGGUUACAGUAGAGUGAGGCUGAAUGUUAUGAUGGCCUACAAAGUACAAAAGAAACUCCCACAUUCAUGCGCUAACCCCGAUUCCCAACACCUCCUAACCCCGAUUCCCAACACCUCCUAACCCCGAUUCCCAACACCUCCUAACCCCGAUUCCCAACACCUCCUAACCCCGAUUCCCAACACCUCCUAACCCCGAUUCUCAACAUCUCCUAACCCCGAUUCCCUAGCCAUUUUAGAUACCUUAAAACUAUUGAACAGGUAUUAGCAGUAUGGGCAUAGCUUCACCUUUGAACCAUGGUUACAUAUGCAGUUCGUUCAGCGUUACACACUGCCUAGGGCCUGGAAGUCCAUCUGUAAUUGGGCACUUUAUAUCUCCAUCUUAAUGUCACCUUACAUAAACAGAGACCUUUCCGUCCCACAAACCUCCGUCGGUGUGAUGAUGCCCGGGGGUGGCUUUUAGAAGGCCCAGAGCUGGAAGUUUUAAAAACAAAUACCCUCCUUAUUGAUUUCUGUGACGAGCGGCAGGAGAGAAACUGAACCGGUGCGACGCUCUGGGUUCUGAAACUGGGAAAAGCCAAGGUUUCAACAUGAUCGUCCGGACGUGAUUCAUCUGUUAAGUGUGUAAUUCUGUCUUGCGUUGCUAAGGGAAACAAAGAAUGGCCUGAUCAGCUUCCUGUUGCAACGCUGUUCAUCAAACCAGACCACUACUCUACAUCUGGUCUGACCCAGACCACUACUCUACACCUGGUCUGACCCAGACCACUACUCUACAUCUGGUCUGACCCAGACCACUACUCUACAUCUGGUCUGACCCAGACCACUACUCUACAUCUGGUCUGACCCAGACAAAAAAAAAGUUUCAUUUGCACUCAGGGAUAAACUGUGAUGACACACAUUUAACCCAUGUAAAUAUGUAACUAAUAACUUCUGUUUUAAACGUAUGUAAUCCACAGCUAUAGAUUUAUAUUGCAGAUGAUGUCAUUUAGAUAUUUUAUCUAACUCUUGUUAAUAAAAGUGCUAUGUUGUA